GAAAAGAAUAUGGAUGAUAGUUUAUAUGAUGAGUUUGGAAACUACAUUGGACCUGGAAUAGAGUCCGACCGAGAGAGUGAUGCAGACGAAGAAGAUGAAGACCUUCCAGACAAGGCUGCUGAGGAUGAACCUGUGUCAGAUGGUGAGGGUGCAGCCAACGGGUGGAUUACUGCUGCUAAUGAUGUUGAUAUGGAUAACCAGAUUGUCCUUGCUGAGGAUAAGAAAUACUACCCAACCGCAGAAGAGGUUUACGGUGAAGAUGUUGAAACUUUGGUCAUGGAUGAGGAUGAGCAGCCUCUUGAACAACCCAUUAUUAAACCUGUGAGGAAUAUCAAGUUUGAGGUUGGGGUGAAAGAUUCUUCAACUUAUGUAUCAACCCAGUUUCUUAUUGGUCUUAUGUCAAAUCCUGCUUUGGUACGGAAUGUUGCACUUGUUGGGCACUUGCAUCAUGGGAAGACCCUUUUUAUGGAUAUGUUGAUUGAACAAACACACCAUAUGUCUACAUUUGAUCUAAAUAGUGAGAAGCACAUGAGAUACACAGAUACAAGGAUUGAUGAGCAAGAAAGAAGGAUAUCAAUCAAGGCAGUUCCAAUGUCGCUUGUUUUAGAGGAUAGCAAUUCAAAAUCAUACCUGUGUAACAUCAUGGACACCCCUGGUCAUGUCAAUUUCUCUGAUGAAAUGACUGCUGCUCUCAGGCUUGCAGAUGGUGCUGUUUUAAUUGUUGAUGCUGCUGAUGGGGUGCUGGUGAACACAGAGAGGGCUAUACGCCAUGCAAUCCAAGAGCGCCUGCCCAUUGUAGUUGUCAUCAACAAGGUUGACAGGUUGAUAACAGAACUGAAGCUGCCUCCCAAGGAUGCUUACCAUAAAUUGAGGCAUACAAUUGAAGUCAUUAAUAACCACAUUUCUGCUGGUUCAACCACUGCUGGAAAUGUUCAAGUUAUAGAUCCAGCUGCUGGAAAUGUCUGCUUUGCAAGUGCCAGUGCAGGAUGGUCCUUCACUUUGCAUUCAUUUGCUAAAUUAUAUGUCAAACUCCAUGGGGUCCCAUUUGAUGCUGAUAAGUUUGCAGCUCGUCUUUGGGGGGACAUGUACUAUCAUCCAGAUACAAGGAAUUUCAAGAAGAAACCCCCUGUGAGUGGAGGGGAAAGAUCGUUUGUCCAAUUUGUUCUUGAACCCCUGUACAAAAUAUAUAGCCAAGUGAUUGGAGAACAUAAGAAGAGUGUGGAGGCAACUCUUGCAGAACUUGGUGUAACUCUUAGCAAUGCAGCUUACAAAUUGAAUGUCAGGCCUCUGCUCAGGUUGGCUUGUAGCUCAGUUUUUGGUGCAGGCUCGGGCUUUACUGAUAUGUUGGUGAAGCAUAUACCUUCUGCCAAAGACACUGCAGCAAGGAAAGUAGACCAUAUAUAUACAGGACCCAAAAACUCUAUGAUUCACAAGGCCAUGGUAGAUUGUGAUCCUUCUGGCCCCCUUAUGGUCAAUGUGACCAAGCUGUAUCCCAAGUCUGAUUGCAGUGUUUUUGAUGCUUUUGGUAGGGUUUACAGUGGUACAAUUCAGACAGGGCAGACUGUACGUGUGUUGGGAGAAGGCUAUUCCCCAGAUGAUGAGGAGGACAUGACUGUAAAAGAAGUAACAAAAUUAUGGAUUUAUCAAGCUCGAGAUAGGAUACCCAUAAGCAGUGCGCCUCCAGGUUCUUGGGUUCUAAUUGAAGGUGUUGAUGCAUCAAUUAUGAAAACUGCCACUCUCUGUAAUAUGGAUUAUGAUGAAGAUGUGUACAUUUUCCGGCCACUACAAUUCAAUACCCUUCCAGUGGUGAAAACAGCUACAGAACCCUUAAAUCCUAGUGAGUUGCCUAAAAUGGUGGAGGGUCUUAGGAAAAUUAGCAAAAGCUAUCCUCUAGCCAUAACUAAAGUUGAGGAGUCUGGGGAGCAUACUAUUUUAGGUACUGGAGAGUUGUACUUGGAUUCAAUUAUGAAAGAUCUUAGAGAGCUUUAUUCUGAAGUUGAAGUCAAGGUGGCAGAUCCUGUAGUCUCAUUCUGUGAAACAGUGGUAGAGUCUUCAUCGAUGAAAUGUUUUGCAGAAACACCCAACAAGAAAAAUAAAAUCACCAUGAUUGCAGAGCCACUGGAGAGAGGUCUUGCAGAAGAUAUUGAGAAUGGUGUUGUAAGCAUUGAUUGGAGUCGAAAGACACUUGGUGAUUUCUUCAAAACAAAAUAUGACUGGGAUUUGCUGGCGGCUCGAUCCAUAUGGGCAUUUGGCCCUGAUAAGCAGGGACCUAAUAUUUUAUUAGAUGAUACACUUCCAACUGAAGUUGACAAGAACUUGCUGGGUGCAGUCAAGGAUUCCAUUGUUCAAGGAUUUCAGUGGGGAGCUCGAGAAGGACCCCUCUGUGAUGAGCCCAUCAGAAAUGUCAAGUUUAAAAUAGUUGAUGCAAGGAUUGCUCCUGAACCUCUGCAUCGAGGAUCUGGUCAGAUGAUUCCCACUGCUCGUCGUGUGGCCUAUUCGGCUUUCCUUAUGGCCACCCCGCGGCUUAUGGAACCAGUGUAUUAUGUGGAGAUACAAACUCCAAUCGAUUGUGUCUCUGCGAUCUACACAGUAUUAUCUCGCAGGCGUGGGCACGUUACAGCUGAUGUUCCUCAACCAGGGACCCCAGCUUAUAUUGUUAAGGCAUUUUUACCUGUAAUUGAAUCAUUUGGUUUCGAGACAGAUUUGAGGUACCAUACUCAAGGGCAAGCAUUUUGCCUCUCAGUCUUUGAUCACUGGGCUAUAGUUCCUGGAGAUCCCCUUGACAAGAGCAUAGUUUUGCGGCCACUUGAACCUGCCCCAAUCCAGCACCUUGCGCGUGAAUUUAUGGUCAAGACAAGGCGUAGAAAGGGUAUGAGUGAAGAUGUGAGCAUAAACAAGUUCUUCGAUGAAGCCAUGGUGGUGGAGCUUGCCCAACAGGCAGCUGAUCUUCAUCAGCAAAUGAUAUGAUGGAUGAGAACAAGUUGAUAUGUUGGUCUUGAGAGCAUAUUCUAUCCAUUUCCUUUUGUUAAAUCCAUCAGGGUGUAAAGGUCAUAACAAUGGAGUACUUAUUGUGAAGCUAUUAUUUAACUAAACACCACUCACCAGCACUGCCCGCCCAUAGCUAUCUCAAGUUUCUGCUAGUCAAAACAAAUUUUGAUUAUGAUUCUGUAGAGUAGUUGUGUUUGAUUCCCUAUUGUACAAGGGUUUUUAAGCUUAUCUAUUCAGUAGGUGUCCUUUCUUGUUGCUAGUGUUGAAGUGUUUCUCAAAGAUGGUAGUACAUUAUUUAAGCCGCGCUGUAAACUUUUUUCUUCUUUUUUUAUCAAUGAGAAGUUUUUAUAGUUAA